AUGAUUCCCGUUCCUCAAGAAGAACCAAGCUUAGAUUCCCGUUGCGAACUUCCUCUCUGCAUGUUCCUCUUAAAAGAUGAAAUACAGACUCAUACAAGGAGAGUUCCAGCUGCUAUAGCUGCAAAUUCUAGUAUCUCUGGUAAUUCCGCCAAAGCAGCAAAAGACGAUGUGUACUUCUCCUUUCUUCCUCUUGCUCACGUAUAUGACCAAAUAAUGGAGACCUAUUGCAUCUCCAUGGGCUCAUCGAUAGGAUUUUGGCAAGGAGAUGUCAGGUUUUUGCUAGAAGAUGUUCAGGCACUUCAACCAACUAUAUUUUGUGGUGUUCCUAGAGUUUAUGAUCGUAUUUGUNCUGGUAUCAAAAGCAGACUUGCCUCAGCAGGAGUACUGCGGAGUACAUUGUUUCAGUAUGCUUACAACUACAAGCUAAAGUAUCUGGAGAAGGGUCUUCCACAACACAAAGCAGCACCUCUGUUUGAUAGGCUUGUGUUUGACAAGACAAAACAAGCACUGGGUGGACGUGUUCGCAUCCUGUUACCAGUGGAUCUACAUUAUCACAAGGAUAUGGUAUGGUAUAUGAGAAAUAUUUCUUUUUUUCAGCUGCUAUACGCUUAG